UUGAAAAAUAUUUUUUAAACUCGAUAGUCGUAAGCGUAACUCGUACCUUGAGUGGGUUCAUAGUUUCAUACAUCAUAAUUCAUAUUGUGUGAGACAGCGCGUACUGUGAAAUGUAUUGAUAUUACAUUUACCAAUAAGUUUUCUAAUUUUCUCUUUUUUUUAUUGUUAAUGUUUUAAUAUUUGUUAAUAUCGCUGAAACGUCGGGCGAAGUGCAUCUCAUAAUAUUUUAUAAGCGUAAACGUGUCUAACUUACCCCGUUAAUAUGAGUUUAGUCGCUAAUACAGGAAAACUAGCUGGACGCACGCUGUUCAUAACAGGUGCUUCUCGCGGUAUUGGCAAGGCUAUUGCUCUGAAAGCUGCAAAAGAUGGUGCGAAUGUCGUGAUUGCCGCUAAAACUGCAGAGCCGCAUCCUAAACUCCCUGGAACUAUUUACACAGCAGCUGAAGAAAUUGAGGCACUUGGUGGUAAAGCAUUGCCCUGUAUAGUUGAUGUAAGAGAUGAGGCACAAAUACAAAAAGCAAUUGAUGAGGCUGUCAAGAAGUUCAAUGGUAUUGACAUACUCGUGAACAAUGCAUCAGCCAUUUCUCUGACUGGUACAGCUCAAACAGAUAUGAAGAGAUAUGACUUAAUGCACAACAUCAACACACGAGGCACAUUCUUAGCAUCAAAGCUGUGUCUGCCGCUGCUAAAAGAGAGUAACCAUGCUCACAUCCUUAAUCUAUCUCCACCACUAAACAUGAACCCUUACUGGUUCUCAAUACAUGUGGCAUACACAAUGGCCAAGUAUGGCAUGUCCAUGUGCGUGCUUGGCAUGAGUGAGGAAUUCCGUCCACUGAACAUUGGAGUUAACGCUCUUUGGCCUCGUACAGGUAUCGCAACAGCAGCCAUAGAAAUGUUGACCGGUGACGUCUCCACAAGUCGCACACCAGACAUCGUUUCAGACGCAGCUUACUUCAUGCUAUGCAAGGACCCUAAAACUUACACUGGCAACUUCGCGAUCGACGAGGACGUAGUCCGGGAGGCUGGUGUCAAAGACCUGACCCCAUAUGCUAAUGACCCCAAAAAGGCGGAUAAUCUCCUCUUGGAUGGAUUUUUGGAUGAGGAGGAAGCGAUUGCAGCUCAUCGUGCAACGGUGUUUUCUUCUGCUAGAGAUCGCCGGCAGUACCAUACCUCAGCAACGCGCUAUGAACAGUCCAAAGGUGAUUCUGGUGCCGGUGGACAGAUCCCAGCUUUAUUUGAAACAAUCAGCAAGAGUAUAACUCCAGAGCUGGUGAAGAAGACGCAGGCCGUCUACCAGUUUAAUGUUAAAGGCAAGGAAGCAGGAGUGUGGCAUAUCGACCUCAAAAAUGAGCCUGGUGCAUGUGGCAGUGGUGAACCAUCAUCUGGUGCCGAUGCAACUUUGACUAUGGAUGGAAAACACUUCGCUGAAAUGUUUGCUGGUAAAUUAAAACCAACAACAGCUUUCAUGAUGGGCAAGUUGAAGAUCAGCGGAGACCUUCCAAAGGCCAUGAAGUUGGAGAAACUCAUGAAGUCCCUUAAAACUAAGAUGUAAUCUAUGUUUUUGUAUUGUACAGAUUGAGUUCAUAUCAUCUCUAAUUAAACACUAGACUAGUCUAGUAGUUUGAUUUUACAAAGAACUGUACAU